AUGAUCUCCCUCCAGAACCAGUUCCGCCGCUCGCAGGACGACAUGGCCGAGAUGGAUCCCGAGACAAAUCAGCUCCUACCCGCGCGGAAGCGGCAGCAACAUCGAGUCCGCGUCCAGGGCCGAUUGGCCGUCGUCCGCAGCGUUUCCACCGUGAAUCUGCGGCCCGCGGCGUCGGUGCUGCCAUCCCCGGUCGCCGCGGGCGGGACGACACCCACAACCCCAAGAUUCGAGUCAGGCGUGGCAGGGAGCACUGUGCCGCCCGUCAAUGUGAGGAGGAGGAGAAGCUUGGAUGACGCGAGCAGCGACACCGAGGAGGAGCACGAUGUGAAGGAGACUGCGGUGAGGGAUCGCCAGUUCAGGGGCUACGGAAUCGGUGGCGCUGGAAACAUUAGACGACCGACCGAAGUCUACGGCGCAACGAAAUCCACCUCAUCACUAUCGAAGCUUUCUACAUUCUACUCCUCUGGGUCAUCCGAUGGCUCCGACAAGAAGUCGUGGAGUUUGCGGGAGAUUUUUGGACGCUCAGGGGACCGAAAAGGAAAAGGGGUCGCCGCGCAAUGA